AGCUGCUGGUAGAGAAGGAGAUGUGAUGCGAGUUGUGUCUCUUCUCAACAGUGGAGCUGAUAUUCAGACUGAGGACCAAUCACGGACUCCAUUGCAAUGGGCUAGUCAGUAUGGUCAUCUCCAAGCGGUCCGUCUUCUGAUAUCAAGAGGAGCUCAGCUCAACCACCAGGAUGAGGUUGGGACUUCUGCUUUGACUCAAGCAGCCAGGCAUGGUCAUACUAAUAUUGUUGUGGAGCUGGUGAAGGCAGGAGCCAAGUUGGACCUACAGAUUAAGGUAUGAAACUACAUUAGCCACUCGUACCCCUCUCAGAAAAAUGAGC